CCAAACCAAAAACUCACUCUUCAGCGAACAACAAUCAAACUUCUUCAAAUCCAAGAUCUCCGAAAUUCCCUUCUGAAUCUCUAUCACAAAUGGCAAGAACAAAGCAAACAGCAAGAAAAUCAACGGGAGGAAAGGCGCCAAGGAAGCAGCUAGCAACAAAGGCAGCGAGGAAGUCAGCUCCGGCGACCGGAGGAGUGAAGAAGCCGCAUAGAUUCCGUCCAGGGACGGUGGCACUGAGGGAAAUCAGGAAGUACCAAAAGAGCACGGAGCUUCUAAUAAGAAAGCUUCCGUUUCAAAGGCUGGUGAGGGAGAUCGCUCAGGAUUUCAAGACGGAUCUCCGGUUUCAGAGCAGCGCGGUGGCGGCUCUUCAGGAGGCGGCGGAGGCGUAUUUGGUAGGGUUGUUUGAGGAUACAAAUCUUUGUGCUAUUCAUGCAAAGAGAGUUACGAUUAUGCCUAAGGAUAUUCAAUUGGCCAGGAGAAUUAGAGGGGAGAGGGCUUGAGAUUUGUCGAAUGGAGUAGUUAGUUAAUUGGAAUGUGGAUUUGUGUACACUAGAACGGAAUUAGGGUUCUUGUUCUUCAAAAAAACAAGAAAUAGUGAAGUUUAAUCUAAGCUAAAGUUCAUUGGUUUCUUUUUCUA